AUGGCACCCGCACUCGGAAAACGCAAGCGCAUAAGCCGCAAAGAGCUCGAACAACCAUCACGAUCACCCUCACCCUCACCCUCCUCCGACUCGAAUGAAUCAGGUGAAGAAGAUGUCCAGGCCAUUUUCCGGCGCGCCUUUGAAGCCAAGUUCAAGCCUCUUGCUGUGGAGACCAAGGAAGCGAAGAUAGAGACUCCCAAGGAGAUUGCAGAGGAGGAAGCCGACGGAGAGGAAGAUGCAGAAUGGGCAGGCAUAAGCGAAGGCGACGAUGAUGUCCAAAUCAUCGACUACACAAAUACACAGCUUGGCCGCGACGACACGUCAAAAGCCGAGAUGAAGGCCUUUAUGUCGUCCAAACCACCAACCUCGACUGCUGCGCCCAAAAAGUCACUCACGGUGAAGAAAAGCCCAGACGAGGCCGAUCUCGCCGAGUCCAACAACCUCCGGAAUGAUCUCGACCUUCAGAAGCUGUUGCGCGAAUCACAUCUGCUCUCCACCUCGUCCUCGGGAACCUCUACACCCACUCUAAGCGCAACAGGUAUAGCGCGGCAUAAGUCAACGGACCUGCAUCUACAAUCACUAGGCGCAAAGAGGUCUGUCUUCUCGCAGAAGAAGAUGCCCAUGGCGCAGCGCAAGCACAUGAUACAAAAGGCGAGAUUGACCGACGAGAAGCGACGCGCUGAAGCCAAGGAGGCUGGCAUCAUAUUGGAACGCCCUACUAUGAACAAAAUACCUGGCAAGAGGGAUGAGACUAGAAAGCGGGACAAGGCCGUGGGCUUGCCAAGUGUUGGCAAGUUCAGAGGCGGAACUUUGAGCUUGAGCAAGAAAGACGUGCGAAGCAUUACUGGUGGUGGAGGUGGUGGGGCAAAGGGCAAAGGCAAGGGCAAGAAGGCUAAGCGGUGA